AUGUUUUCAACUUUGGUGAGACCAAGGCUGUUGGCCCCCUUGCAUCCAUCACAGGGUGAUCUGAAGGAUACUUCACAUUUAGAAGUUGAUUCCUGCUAUGCAUUCCCAUUUCUCAUAAUGAUAAGUGAUUCCGCUUUUCUGUUUAUGUUUCAGAACUCUUUGCUCGGUAUUGUUCUUGAUACACAGCAUUUCAGGAACAGGCUGACUGCUGUGCUGUGUGCCAUUUCUGGUGUCUGCCACUCAAUCUUUGGUAGUGCCCUGGCUGGAAUUUGGAGAUGCAGUAUGCCUGCCCGGAAUGAGGAUUGA